AUGAAUAAUCCUGACAUUCUGUCAUCAUCUCUCUCAACCAUGACACCUUCUACGUCUCACAAUCCCUCUACUGUACAGGUCUCACCAUCCUAUGGUCAUUCGAUGCAUUUAAUGCCUCCCCCCGAAAAGUCUGCAGAAAGAAAGAUGGGCAUCUUUAGAGCCGACUCUGGAAUCGCCAUCAAACCGGAUCCAAAGGUCGCAAUUCCAGACACAGAUCAACUCAACAGCUCAUCCAGCGCCCUCCCAAGAGAAGACCUAAUCAACAUCACCCCUACCGACACUCCUGGGGCCACACCCACCUUUAAUAAAAACAUUACCAACCUAAUCUCAAAACUCGAUCAACUGAAUAUCCAUCUCCGCGCCAUUCUCACACCGGUUCCGGAUACUCCGAUAGUCGAUCUCGAUGAUUCUACAUCCAUUUCUGAGUUCUCUACAGGAGUAAAAGCCCCACGUACUUCUGCAGAUGAACAGGAAGAAGACCCCUCUGACGCUUUUACCGAUACCUAUGCAACCACAGUCGCGAAUGACAUAAGCAGCACAAUUGCGAAAAUAGAUGAAGUUCUCGCGCAAAUCAGCGCGAUCUGUCAAUUUACCUCGAACAGGCCAGUAUCUCUUGAGGAUCUCCGUCUCAAAGAUCCCGUUAUUGCAGAAAGUAAUAAGGAAAGGGGAAAAGGGAACGGAAAAGAACAAACUCCCAUAAAACCCACCGUCUCCUCCAAGCUUCCCCCCUCUUCCAAAUCCACAAAACCCAUGAAGCGCCCUGCGAUUAAAUUCCGAUGGGUCAAUAACCUCUUCCCUGCACCAAAAAUGCUUUUUCGACGCAAGUUCGUCUCUAUACGUCAGCGCCGCAGAAUGCGUCGUAUGAAAGAAAGAAAGGAAAAGGAAGAAGAAAAGGAAGAAGAAAUUCCUAUCACUCCUACCAAACCCAUCCAACCCACCAAACCCCUCCUCUCCUCCAAUCUUCCCCCCUCUUCCCCCUUCACAGAACGCCUCACCCGACGCGCGCGAAUUCGCCAAUGGAUAUCCACUCUCCCUCCUCCACAGGAAGCAAAACCCUAUGAGGGUUAUCGCGCACUCGCUCUCUCUCUAUUUCUACCGCGCAAAAUUAGGGUUAUGAAUGAAGAGUCGAGAGAUGAGGUACCUGUUACUCAGACAUCUAAUGUGUUGGAUCCGCAUUUUUGGACGAUGAGAGAUGCGAAUACGUCUGGUUAUGGUUUGUCUUCUGAAUCCCCCCAAAAUCCCUCCUUCGCACCCCCGAAAGACAAACACUUAACCCAACCUCCGCCACCAAAAGAACAAGAAAAACAAGAAGCAGAGCCCAUUCUAGCAGGUCCAUAUAGCGAACCCUCGAUGACCAGACCCUUAAUAUCUAAGCCCUGGCUAUGUAGACCCUCGAAAAUGAAUCCAUCUAGAUCAUCCAAAUCGGCUGGAGUAGCAAAGGAAGGAGAAGGAGGGGAAGGGGAAGGGGAAGGAGAAAAAGAAGAAGCAAAACCCAUUUUAGCAGGUCCAUACAGCGAACCCUCAAUGACCAGACCCUUAACAUCUAAGCCCUGGCUAUGCAGACCCUCGAAAAUGAAUCCAUCUAAAAAGUCCAAAUCAUCUAAAGUAGCAAAGGAAGGAGAAAAGGAAGAAAAAGAAAAAGAAGGAGAGGCAGCGAAAACCCCCAGGCUACUAGUAAUGCGAAUGGUAAUUUACAGUCCGGGGCAGUCAUUAGAGAGUGUAUUGGCGAGUAUUCGUGCGGAGGAGAAGGAGGAGGAGAAGGAGGAGGAGAAGAAUCGACAGAACCAACAAAAGGAGAAGCACCAAAUCGCCAACCAAAUCGCCGAACAAAUCCUCAAGCUAAUCGCCAACUGUAUCGUCAAUAAAACCAACACCAACACCAAACCCGAAAUCGAAAUUGAAAUCAAAAUCGAGAAAAGCGAUUCAGAUACAGAUACAGAUACAGAUACAUACUCCAAAAUCAAGCAAACGAAAUCAGAGGAAGAGGAAGAGGAAGAGGAAGAGGAAAAUUAAAGAAAAAGAAUAAAGAGAAUAAGAAGAGUAGAUUUGAAGAACACAUACCGAACGAACCAGCCACGAAACGAAGAAUAUAGAAUGAAGAAUACAGAGUAAGCGGACACAGAUACAGAUAAAGAGGAGGAGGAUAGCGAAGAUGGAUAUAUAUUUAUUACAUUAUAUUCAUUACGCCAUGCUGCACUGCAUUAAAUUCACAGUGUACAUUAUCUUAUCUUAUGUUAUGUUUGUGUUAUCUUAUGUUAUGUUUAUAUUAUGUUAUACAAAGAAUAAGAAGAGCGUUAAUAAGAAGAGCA